CUGAUGUUGCUUGCUACUCAGGUGUGCAGGUGAUGGACAAAAUGUAUUUUUUUUUUGCUGACUGACUUUGUUUUUCAAGCUGAAUCAAUUCAAAACAAAAACAAUUAAAUUUUAUUCAAUUAGAUUAUCUGAAAUCAAUAAUUAGAGGAAUGGUAUCCAUGGAAAGUAGUAUUUGUUUUUAAUACAAAUAGUGGCACUUUCAAGUAUCAUUAUGAAUAUUUUAUUUGCAUUUUGAAAAAUCUUCUGUAGAGGCUUGAAUGAAUGAAUGAGGGAAUUUACAACAGAAAAUGGAAUCAGCAGGUGUUGUUGCCGGUACAAACUCUGGCAGGAGUUUGGAUGAAGCUCGAAGUCUAGAAGAAGGUCAAAGUAGUCAUAGGUCAUCACUGCUUACUAAAGAAUGGAUUUCAAAACGAACCUUUCUAUACUUCAUGGUGUUCACUGGAAUGUGUUUGCAUGGAAUUAUACAGAUGGAUCUGGUGGUAGAAAAUGCACUUAUAUUUGGCAAAGAUUGUGCCGGCGGUGCCCUGAACUCAGAAAAUGAGGGAUAUAUUUACCUGUUCUACCUAAGCCACACUCUGCCCCAAGCUUUUUUCGGACGCGCAUCAGACGUUUUCGGUGGUAGAAAAAUAUUUGGGUUUUCAAUUCUCAUCGUAUCCUGUAUUCUGCUGAUAUUUCCAGCGGCCAUUGCAUCCGGUAUCGGAAGUAUUGAAAUAGACGCCUUGAGACUAUUGAUGUGUAUAUUAUUGGCACCAGUACGAACAGCUAUUAUCAAUAUUAUGACAAAAUGGGUACCCCCAAAUGAGCGCGGACGAUUUUCUUCAAAUCUUUUCGCUAACAACUUUGGCUCAGCCAUUUUCAUGUUGAUUCCAACUCGAGAUGUGUCACAGUAUGGAGUGGGGAUUCUCUGCUACACGUCGGCCCUCUUUGGCUUCAUCUGGAGCGUCGUCUGGUUCACAAGUGUGUCAGACUCACCGAUCGAUCACCCCAGAAUAUCCGCCAAAGAGAAAACCUACAUCCUCAAGUCAACAACCAGGAGUGGAACUAUUUAUGGUAGUGUUUCGCCCCAAUGGAUUGACAUGCUUUGCUCGAAACAAGUGUGGGUUAUAAUAACGACGGAUUCCUUCCUCUUAUUGGCUUAUUAUUUCACAUCAGAGCCGGCGGUUGUGAUGAUGAUUGAGAGCGCAAAUGCUCAGAGUAGUUGUUGGCUGUACUCCACAGGUGCAAUUUCAACUUUUAUUGUUGCUCUGGUUUCUGGAAUAGUAUGUGACUACUUGCUUUCAAGAAAGAAGAUGAAUGUUAUAACAGCUAGAAAAACAUUCACUUGUAUUGCUGCAUUUGGGACGGCGAUUGCACAUUCGGCGAUAGUUCUGACAAGAAAGGAAUAUGGAUACCAGCAUACACUUCUAUUUAUGAUAACAACUGGAUUCGUGGGGGCGAGUUGCUGUGGUCUGGAAUUGGCGUUUAACGACUUUGCACCUAACUUUGCUGCUACACUGUUCGGUAUCACAGAGUUCAUUUCAGGCUUAAUUGCUGUUUUAAUCAAGAAAAUAAUUUCCGAAAUGGAUUUCAAGAACGGUCUUCCAUUGGAUGAGCUGCUGUGCCUUGCAAUAUCGUUCUUUCUGAGCAGUGGAGUGUUGUAUUUGAUUUUUGGCAGAUCGGAUUUGGUGCGAUGGAACCAGCACUACAUCCCACCACGCAGUGUUAUGCGAGAUAAUCGCUCAAAAUACAUCAUUUUCAAGAGAGACGUGAAUUAUAUUUGAUUUUUACACAGAAACCAUCUGAUUUGAAGGCGUAUUGAAUGUCAUUAAGCUACAGAAUAUCUAGUAAUGCAGCUCAACUCAACUUUGUACUUGAUUCACUUGUAUAUGUAUAUUGAAAUAAUAAAAGGAUAAUCAGCUUCCCAAA